AUGAGGCCAUUCUCGCUGUCCCUAAUAUCAACUUGCCUGUUGACAGUGUUCUUCUCUGAAGAGGUACCUAUAUAUCAUAAUGGGUUUGGAUACUCAUGUAAAGAUGCAGUAUUAAACUGUCUUCAGGAUAAAUGCCUGAUAAAUUUAACUAUGUUUCUCUGCACAGAAUGCACUUCUGGACAUGUUCCCAUCAAUGGGAAAUGUGUUUCUAUUAAGGAUCAGGCUAGCACAGGAUCUGUAUGUGUCAAAUCACCGACGGGUGGAUGGUGCACAAAAUGUAACGGUGACUAUUUCUUAUUUUAUGGUGGCUGCUAUAAUUUAGAUAGUCCAUGGAAAAAAACCAUUUGUCACCGCGCAGAAAAUGGGCUUUGUAAAGAGUGCGGAAAAGGCGUCGAAGGAUACCCAUCACUCGUCUUUACUAAUCCUAAUGCUACUUCUCUUGAACGCUGUAUUCACUGCGGGGACCCAAUAGGUUUUGGUGGGCACAGUGGCGUGUAUAAUUGCCAACAAUGCAGUCAACCGAGAUUGUCAGGGAAGGUUGAGGCUGAUUGUGAGACGUGCUCAGAUUCAAACAUGUGCCCCUUUGAUUAUCGAUGCAAGCCUGCUUCUAACAUAGCUGCUUUUGGCUAUUGUGACUACUGUCCAAAGGCUUAUGUAUGGAGCGCUUCUGCAUGUUAUGCUAUAGGUAGCAUAACUGGCAACAGUAUCUGUUUAUCAAGAAAUACUAUAGAUGUACGGGGACAAUCGUUGUGCACACAGUGCGCCAAUUCAUCAGAAGUGCCUCAGAAUGGCCUCUGUAGGUCAAUCAGCGGAUUUGAUGAUAUUUGUACAAAAGACCCUAAAACAGGAAAAUGUACAUCUUGUAAGAAUGAUAGCAACGGGCAAUACUUCUUGUUUUAUGGUGGAUGCUACUUAUUUAACAAUAUUCUGGAUCAAGUAGGGUCUCAGAUUUGUCAGACAGUGCAAAACAAUGUGUGUACCGCAUGUAACAGUUCAACCAAAGAGGUGUUCACCAGGAAUAGCAGAUGCUGGCACUGUGGAGACUCAGCCAACGGGGGAAUAGAGGGAUGCCAAAGGUGUGAGAUGAAGGACAGUGGUCUUCAGUGUCUGGAGUGCCGCGACCUCUACCUGAGCCUGGAUAAGAGGAGCUGCCUGGCCAGCUGUCCCAAGGGGCAGAAGGGCAUACAGGGGUCCUCAUCCUCGACCCACAGCUGCGCGUGCGAUGACGGGUCCUAUCUGAAGGACGGGAAGUGUGUCGGGUGCGCGGUGGAGAACUGCGCUGAGUGCGACGAGUCGAGCUGUAAGAAGUGCAAGUAUGGCUACACACUCUCCGAUAGUCAGUGCGUGGCGACCAAGUGCAAGGACCCCAACUGCGACACGUGCGAGGACAGAGACGUGUGCACAAAGUGUACCGAUGACCACAGCCUCGACCCCCACGGUCUGUGCGUGAAGGACUGCCUGGGCUCCGCCGGGUACUACAAGGCCACCGUGGGCGGCGUCUCGAGGUGCGUGGCGUGCACGCUCGGCAACUGCGCAGUCUGCGAGUCGGAAUCCAAGUGCAAGACGUGCAGGGACGGGUUCUACGUCGAGGGCUCGGGAGAAUGCAAGCCGUGUAGCUCUGAGUGUGCCACGUGCAGCGGACCGGCAUCCGGCGACUGCACCGCCUGCCCUGCCAAGAGGCGAUUGGAGUACAGCGACGGUACCAAGGGAUCGUGCGUCCCGCAGUGCGUGCAGGACAGCAGCUGCGCAGAGUGCGGGCUCACGGUGGGCGGGACCAGCUACUGCUCGCGCUGCGUCAAGAGCACGGAGUACCCCAACAACGGGGCGUGCACCUCCUCCAGCUCGCGGGCGGCUGGCAUCGCGUGUGCGAAUGUCGCCGCCGGUAGGUGUGUUGCUUGCAGCUCGAACUCCUUCAGCCUCAACGGGGGGUGCUACACCUCCACGCUCCUCCCCGGGAAGACUGUCUGCACGAAGGCGAGCGACGGCUGGUGUGAUAGCACCGUGGCCGGGUACGGGAUAACGUACAACGGAACGCUCCUUACAUGCCCGACGAACUGUGCAAUGUGUAGUAGUGGGGUCUGCAGCGCCUGCAACAGCGGGUUCUACCUGGAGAAGGAGGUAUGCAAGGCGUGCUCCAAGGGCUGCGCCACCUGUCCUCAUGGGGAGGCAUGCUUCGACUGCCUGGCCGGGUACUACUUCUCCGAGAGCACGUGCAAGGCGUGUCACAAGGUGAUCUCCAAGUGCAGCCUCUGCGUGGUUCCAGAGGGCGCAGUCAAGCCCAUAUGUCUGGAGUACGACAACACCUCCAAAAAGUCCGCCCUCUCGUCGGGGGCCAUCUCUGGCAUCGCCAUCGGCGUGGUCCUCGUCGUCGGCGGUGUGGCGGCUGUGCUGGUUUGGUUUUUCGUUUUCCGAAAGAAGAACUGA